GGGAUGAUCAAUGAGCACAAUUUCAAAUCUCAUAGCAAAGGGUCUGCAAAGUUAUAGUUAUGUAUGUGGGUAUUACUAACAGUGGCUAAUAUUUAAUCCAAUAACAAUUGUCAAAACAAACAACUGAAAAGUCAGGGCAUAUAAUUGAAACAUUCUAGAGUGCAUAAAUCAUCUCGGUAGGUUCGGAGUUACUGUCAGUGUGCACAGGUUACCAUAGGCUACAGCCUCGGCUUGAAUCUCCAAAUUUCAGCCCCUCAAAUGAUGAAGCCAUAGGCCUACAAUUACAAUUCUGAAUAACAUCACUGCUGUUUAUACUUCAUUUUGGAAAUACCUAACAAGUUGACAUGCUUUUCAGUUUGCUGAAAUAUGACUGGUUUCACAUUUUGUCUCCCGUGAUCAUAAGGUAAAAUGUAUUUAAGCAAUUAAAUCAUAUUUACAGUCCCCUUAUCCAAAUGGAUUACUCAUUUACCUAGCUCUUAUCAAUGUAUAAAUGACAGUGCAUGGAGAUUAGUGUUAUUUUUAUUGGGGGGGGGGGGGAAUAAUUAGCUUUUCCACUUAGAACUGACAGGUUGCUCGACCAUCACAGUUUCCUCUUGAGUCAAGGUGGUGGAAUUAUGAGGGAAUUCAGUCAAGUUCAGAAUACAGCGUACCUGUAAGACACACCUCCACCUCACCUUCAUUUCUUUGAUCUCCACAUCAAAUGCUUACCUUAGCUGGCACUGGCAUUUCCCCUAGCACAAGUUCAAGGUCAGAAUACGCAUAGAGAGAAGUGCCUAAAAACUGAAUAAAGUUCCAUUCACGCGUGUGUAACUCGGGUCUGAAUUCUCCCUUUAGAAAAACAACAUUUUUUUUUUUUUUACAUUUUGAACAUUGUCACUCACUUGUGUUAAAAGUACAAGUUGUAUCCUAUUCUCCCCCCAGUUGGAACAGUAUUUAUACUGCGGGUUUAAUAUUUUUUGUUUUCAAGAUGUUUGUUAGAUGAUACUACAUAAGUUAUUACUAGAUGCUGAAAAUGAGUCCCUCUCAAGUUGUUACAUUUAUAAGUGGAGGAAUCAUUCAGGAAGCACAACACCCAGGUCGCCACCUGUGGCAGCAAAGUCUUACUGUGAUAGACUAGUCAAUGGGAAGUUUGAGUUCUGCCAAAUAACUUUUGUUUUGUGUCGUCUCAUAACAUCGACCUUGUGCAAUAAAGCAACCAAUGUUUGUACGAAGGCAUUUUGUUAUUUUUUUGGUUUUGUGUAUCACACACGAUCUGCAUUUCCUCACCAGUAACAUCUCUCCUGAACGCCACGUGCUAUGUGUUCACUCUUACUCCCAGACAGUGUGCUGUAAUGACGAACAUACAGUGUUGUCAGUUUACUAUUUGGACGCUUGCCCAUAAGGGCUAUGGGUCGAAAGUCAUGACAGCAGUCAAUGGGGUCGUAAUUUUUUGGGCUGUUGUGUGACGGAGAAUAUCCCUGGAACUUCUCAGGAACCACAUUUAUAUGUGACAAUCCUCUGAGUUGCACAGUUUGACAGUAAAAAGGAAGACCUGGUUCAACUCAAAUGAUAGCAGUGGUGAACAUACAAUGUAAUGUAAGUCCAUCUCUUUCUCUUGUAACACCAAAUUUGGCCCUUGAAGCCAGCCGCUUCUAUUGGGCUUUUAAUCAGCAAAUUUAGACUUGGGAUACCAGGGUCAUGUUCGGUAUGGCCCACUGAAUCAAACGAUUCUGUCUGGCAAUGGGAAAAUAGAACUUUAGGUAGUACCUCGUUUUCAAAGCAUUUUCUCCUACUGAACAUGGCCAGAUGUGUGGACUCUGGCCAAUUAACUAAUAGAGUAAAAUAAGACACGGGCUGGAUUCAAUCCAUAUCGCCAAAGAUCUGCAUUAAAAUGUGAAGGUAAUUAACGAUGUGGCGUGAAUGCAGUCUCCGCGACCAUGGGAACAUUGCCUUUUUAAAACUGGAUAGUGGAUCUUCAGCGCUGCAAAUUGAAUAGAGCCAUCCCUUAGUGUCUUAUACUUUUCUCUAAUCAAUCAUAGUGUGCAAAGUAAAGGCUUACCUUGGCCUAUACAGUGUAACAGUCAUUGUAAGUACUGGAGGUCAUCCUAGGUUACAGUAUUUUACAACCUGCAAAACCUUUUCAAUUACCCUGGUCCCAGAUUUGAUCUGAUCUUGUUUGGCAUGACAAUGAGAGGCAGGAAGUUGGCAUGAUAGUACUUUUGAUUUGUACACAAUCCAAUAGAUUACAGCCUUUCUCUUUCGGCCAGGGAGGAUGCCUAGAAUGGAGGGAGGGAGCUACUGGUCCUUCCCCCUCUGGUUGUGAGUAUAAGACUGCAGCUCCAAGGCCUUACUGCCUCUACGCCUGGACAGACAGACCGACAGACAAGAUGCACUCCUCUGAGCCCUCACUACACUGGUCGUCUGCCAGAGGAUGCACACUGAAGGUGCUAUGUUGGCGGAGCGUUGGUGUGCUGUACUCCAUCUUGUGCCUUGCAGCUCUACCAGACCAUGCAGAGUCAAGAGCACGCUGUGGAUCUGAACUUGUUGCCCACCUAGAGUUUGUGUGCGGAGACCGUGGAUUUUACAGAGCACCGAACGGACUUCGGUCCACCCGAGGGAAUGGUCCUCGCCUCAGAGGGAAUGGGACUCGGAUGAGAGGGAAGGGAAUUGUGGAGCAGUGUUGCUUAAAGGCCUGCGACCUGCAGCAUUUGGAGAGCUACUGCGCAAAGCCAAAGCGGAGCCGACGACACGCUCCCCUCACGCCUCAGCAAGUUAUGGAGGAGCAAUUUCAGACUGUUUUUCGGAGGAGAAUAAUGAACCACUGGAAACUUGAGUCAAGUCAUCAUGAAGAGAGGCAGACCCACAGUGUGCAUCAUCAAAAUACUGUGCAUUAUGGACACCGGAGACCUCAAAGGGUUAGUGCUGAGGGGAACACAGCAAAAACACCAGACAAGGAUUCCCUCAGACUCAAGAAAUCCCUUCAAAGCAGCAGCAACAACAACACGGCCAUUGUGAUCUUUGACCUUUUUUGAGUCCAGCAUUUCAAGAAACUAAGAUGAACAGUCUGAACUGGGCACAAAAUAUCUCUCAGAUCUUUUUAUUCUUGGCUGUGAGACUGACAAGUCAAUCCAGUACACCCAAUGCACUUUAAAACACUAGGCAGAGGAACUGAGAAAAAUGAUCUAGUUCUGCUUUGUCAUGUUAUAAAUUAAACAUUGAUAUUUUGGAUAUAUAAUAAAUUAUGCGUAAGUUG